AUGCACCACUUAUUCCGGACUUUGCUUGUGAUCGCACCUGCCCUAUAUGUGGAUCUUCAUGUGAGCGCGUGUGACGUCUCUGCUUCCCGAGCAAACGCGUGCUUCGCGACUUCAAUGUUCUUUCUACGCCCACUCCGACUCACCCACUGCACAACAACACAUCCGCCAUCCACCAUCACCAUGGAGUUCAUCACCGAAAUGAACAACAAGACCGACAAGGCUCUCAACGCCCGCGUCCAAGCACUUGCGCCGGAACUGUUCAAUCGCAUCCUGGACUUCGUCCUCGAGACUCCGACUGGAGUGGUCAAGAUCACGAACAAGUAUCGCCCACCGAUCGCCCUUCAGAUCAAUCGCAGCAGCAGGGAGACGGCCAAGCGCUACUAUGGCGGCAACACGACCUUCGAUCUCACGGGUGUCCCCACGCAGGCCGAAUCCCGGCACCAAGACUCGAGGUUCAGGCCCAGGAAAGCCACCACAUGGCUUGCGUCGCUACCAGUCGAACAUCAGCACCUGCUACAGCGUGUGCACUACAGCGUUCCGCAUUACAACAUGCUCGACGACGACGACUUGGGCCGAAUCGAGGAAGCUAUUUACGAAGUCUACUUUAUCUGCGAUGAGUUGGAGUCCUGCGAGAUCGAGGUCAAUGAUGAUGCAAUCUACGUUAAGUUGCUCCUUCGGCCAGACCUCGAUACCGCUGAGACGAGAUGGAUGAAUGGAGCUGGUCUGAGGGCCAUGCGGGAGGAUCUGCAGCCGUAUCGCUCACUCGACGACACGGCUGAGCCAGACUAUGCCCAGGGGGAACAUGCAAGUCCGGUUUGA